AUGGAAGACAUGGAGGUAGACGCACCUCUGCUUCUCGAUUUCGACCUCGACCUGUCUGAAAGAGGCGAAUUUCAUCGCUGGAGUGAGCUUCCGCGCGUACUGAAGAUUACGAUUCUUCGAUACGUCCCUUUUCCAACACUCAGAAACUUCAUGUUUCUUAGCAAGGAGUGUUUUGCACUCGUUUCGGAAGCGAAGCCACAAGCGGGAACCGUUCGUCUACGGGAACAAGCUUAUCGCGAGGAGAUCUUCAAUAUACCUGGAGAAAAGGGUCGUAUGGAUCUGGACGUGUGUUGGAUGCCUCCCGACAGACAGCUUCUUCGAUCAGCUCUCAAAAAAUAUCGACUGUCAUUCGUAGGGGACGAUAACGGAGGAUGUUUUGUGGAGAGGUGGUGGAAGAAGAGAGGACGUCGGACAGCAGUAAAAGGACCGCAUUACAAUCAGGAUUCAUGCACUACAGCAAUGCGAGUUCUUUUUCGUUUUGCAGAAGUUUUCGACAUACUCACACUGGAGAUUCAGUUGCGUUCACUGACUCCAGCUAUCGAGCGAGCGUUGAGCAUCGAAUCAUCGGAUACUGUAAUUGCAUCAAACACACUCGAUAUCCGAACGGAAGAUAAACGGCUACCUUCUGCAUUUCUUCGUUUCUUGCGUCCUCAGUCCAGUAUUCGUGUCUUUUCCGACUCCGAUCGCGAUACGAUUUUCUUGAAUGCAGCUUUCUUCGAUUCUAGUGUGUUGAGAGCAGCUAGAGAUCUGUACAUAGAUGUCAAGGCGGCGAUCACUGACAAUCAACUAAUUAAAUUGAAAGCUCAUGUCAUGCGGAUCAGGUCCCCUUACCUAUCGGCGUGGUCUAUCAACAAAUUGAUUUUGCAGUGGUUAGAGGGCCAACGUAGGAUCACUUUCCUCAGCAUUCAGGCUUUGAAAACUCUUCCCAAACGAGAAGUGCUGCAAAACAUAGACCCAUCGAUAAUCAUUACCGGUGCCGAAGCUUCUGAUGGGCGCGGCUACAGUCCUGAUUUAUACAUCUUAAUUCGCAGCAAUCACGGUGAUCUAAUACUCUACCUAGAUACCGAUUAUUGUAAUCUAUUUGAUCCUUUUCAAGUAGGAAAUUAA